AUGCACGUCUGCGUGUGGGAGCAUCAGAAACUGGAAGAGCAGCUCCCCACCACACGUGCAUGGGAGCACCAAAAACCAGAAGAGCAGUUCCCUGAUUCCACAAUGAAUGCAGCACGGAGGUCAGCCAGGAUAGAUUCGGAAGUGACAGAAUCCCAGAUGGAGCCCUCCAUCAAUGCCACUGAGAUGCCCUCCAAGGAGAACGUUUUUUCAGACAUGAAAGAUAAAUUCAUGAACAAAUUGGGGAAACUGCCAAUACCUCCAUGGGCUUUGGCCACCAUUCUCAUUGUUGCUGGCCUCUUGCUUCUCUGCUGCUGCUUCUGUGUUUUUAAAAAAUGCUGUGGCAAGAAGAAGAAAGGGAAGAAAGGUAAAGACAAAGUCAAGGCACAGAUCAACAUGAAGGAAGUGAAGGAGUUGGGCAAAAGCUACAUUGAUAAGGUACAGCCAGAGGUUGAGGAUUUAGAUCCAUCAUUGUUACAGGAAUCUGAAGUGGAGAAACCAGAGGAGAAGUUGGGGAAGCUCCAGUACUCCCUUGAUUAUGACUUCCAGAGCACACAGUUGGUUGUGGGUAUUAUACAAGCUGCUGAUCUCCCAGCGCUGGACAUUGGGGGUACCUCCGAUCCUUACGUCAAAGUCUUCCUGCUUCCAGAGAAGAAGAAAAAGUUUGAAACCAAAGUCCAUCGCAAAACUCUCAACCCUACAUUUAAUGAAUCUUUCACUUUUAAAGUCCCUUAUUCAGAGCUUGGUGGUAAAAUUCUCGUCAUGGCCGUCUAUGACUUUGACCGUUUCUCCAAGCAUGAUGUCAUUGGUGAGAUCCGUAUCCCCAUGAACACCGUGGACCUGGCGCAUGUGAUCGAGGAAUGGCGAGAUCUGCAGUCAGCAGAGAAGGAGGAGCAUGAGAAGUUGGGAGACAUUUGUUUUUCACUCCGAUAUGUCCCUACAGCUGGGAAACUGACAGUGAUUGUACUAGAAGCCAAAAAUCUCAAAAAGAUGGACGUGGGGGGGCUUUCAGAUCCAUAUGUGAAGAUCCAUCUCAUGCAGGGAGGGAAACGUAUCAAGAAGAAGAAAACAACUAUCAAGAAAAAUACACUGAAUCCCUAUUAUAAUGAAUCCUUCAGCUUUGAGGUGCCUUUUGAACAAAUCCAGAAAGUCCAAGUUGUCCUGACGGUGCUGGAUUACGACAAACUAGGCAAGAAUGAGGCCAUUGGGAAGAUCUUUGUAGGCUGUAAUGCCACGGGUACUGAGCUGCGCCAUUGGUCUGAUAUGCUGGCCAAUCCCAGGAGACCUAUUGCUCAGUGGCACACUCUGCAACCUGAAGAUGAAGUGGAUGCAGCAAUUGGGAUAAAGACCUCUUGA